UUAUACCAUUUUGUUCGGGACCGAUACUUAACAUAUCCUCAAUUAUACUUUAAUCUAUUCUUACUUGAAAUAAUUAACUAAACUUUAAACAAUUUAAGCAUAGGGUACUCGAGUGACGUCAGUUUAUACCUUAGAUUGGAACAUUGGAACAUUCCGUGCAAAUUUUCGGUCAGGCUUUGAUGAAUAACUUGUGCAUUCAACAUCGCUGAUAAGCAUUCUGGCAGUUCCGGUGUAUGCCAUUCCUAUGUGACUCAUAGACUGGCUUUUAAUUCCUUAAGACUUGAAUAAACUUAAGCAUUUGUGAAGCCUCUUUACCUUCGAGAAGUCGUUAACAUUUAAAAAUAAACAAACAAACAGGACUUUAGUUAAAUUAUAAACGAAGCGUUCAUUACUUUGUGUUCGGAAUAAAUCGUGAUAGUCGCCUGCCUGAGGUAUCAUAUGUCGACAUUGUGAGCUCGUGCGCGCAUGCUCAAAGGAUACUUCCUGGUUCUGGAAAUUCCGUCACUUACGCCAUUUUGGAGUUUACAUUUCUGCAGUCGAUAAGCAAAUAUGAACAAUAUUUCGGAUGGCCAGUGGUCGUCUGCUUUAGCAUCGCCGACUCUCGGCAGGAGUCAUUCUCACGGGCGGGUUGCCGGUAAAUACGAUCUGCAGGCGGAAGCCGAGGUGCGGAACUGGAUCCAACAGCUCACGGGCGAGAGCAUCGGCGAGUAUGAGGUGGAAAAGCGCCUCAAGGAUGGUGUCAUCUUGUGCAGAUUGAUUAAGCGAAUAUUCGAUGGGACGCCAGCCGAUGCACUUCCGGCCGCCUGCCGCUCCGUCAACCCCAAGUUCCGAACGAGCGACAAGGCUGCUGUGCAGAUGGAAAAUAUUGAGAUUUUCCUGCGUGCGGCCGCGGCUUAUGGCGUCCCCCAGAGCGGCCUGUUCGCCUGCAACGACCUGUUCGAGGGCAAGAAUAUGCCCAUGGUGUUGGCUACCAUCCUGCAAGUGGGCUCUGAGGCACAAAGACAUCGCUUCAGCGGACCCAAGAUUGGUCCUCCUCCUGUGGAGAAAAAGAAGAAAAAGUUCUCCAGGAAACAGUUAAAGGCCGGUCAGUCCAUUCUCAUUUUGCAGAACGGAACAAACAAAUUCGCCUCCCAAAAGGGUAUGACCUGCCCCGGCGCGGUUCGCCAUGGGGCCGAUAUCAGAGCCGAUGAUCUGCUCGACGAAAGCAACCGCACUGUGAUUUUACAAGCCGGCACCAACAAGUUCGACUCACAGAAAGGAAUGCGUAUUGGGACACAGCGCCACUGCGCCGACAUCCGGGCGGAUGACGUCAACGACGUCAGCGAAGGCAUGACGAUUCUUCAGAACGGCACUAACAAGUUUGCAACUCAGUCUGGCAUUCGCGGCGGGUUCGGCGCUGUGAGGCACUGCGCUGAUAUCCGGGCGGAUGACGCAACCAAGGAGAGCGAGGCGGAAGUGUGGCUGCAGUCCGGCACGAACAAGUUCGCAUCGCAGAGAGGCAUGACAGCGCCGGGAGCGGUCCGUCACGGCGCUGAUAUCAGAGCCGACGAUAUGAACCAAGAUAGUAACUCAAUCAAUAUCCUGCAGUCCGGAACCAACAGAUUCGAGACCCAGAAGGGUAUGCGAAUCGGAACACAGCGCCAUUGCGUUGACAUCCGGGCUGACGACGCUACAAAAGAGAGCGAAAGAGACGUCUGGUUGCAGUCUGGAACAAACAAGUUCGACUCCCAGAAAGGAAUGAGGAGUUAUGGCGCUGUUCGACACGGGGCUGACAUACGGGCCGACGACAUAAAUGCAGAGAGUAACGGUAUCGCCAUCUUGCAGUCUGGUACGAACAAGUUCGAUUCGCAGAAAGGCACGCGCGGUUUCGGGGCGGUGCGACACGGCGCGGAUAUUAGAGAUGACGAAUACGACCGACCCAGUCAUGGCAUCAUCAUUCUCCAAGCCGGCACGAACAAGUUCGAGACCCAGGCCGGUAUUCGCGGAGGGUUUGGUGCCACACGCCACGGUGCCGAUAUCAGAGCAGACGACUUUAACCAGGAGUCCAACCGUGACGUGCAUCUACAAUCUGGUUCCAACAAAUUCGCCUCGCAGAAGGGUAUGACGGGAUACGGUGCGGUGCGCCACGGUGCGGACAUCAGAGCCGACGACUUCAACCUGGAAAGUAAUGCAACCAUUAACUACCAGUCCGGCUGGAAUAAGGGUGAUUCCCAGAAGGGAAUUCGUGGCGGUUUCGGAGCUGUUCGUCACGUUUCGGACAUCAGAGUACAAGAAUUAUUCGACGAUGAGGAUCUGUACGAUUAUGACGAUCUUGAAUACGCCGAUCCGUCCAAGGGGACCUCGGAUAUGUAACAACUCAUUUUCGAUCAAAGGACUGAGAGAGAUUAAGUGAAAAAGCUAAGGACUGAGAGGAUAGAAACUGAAAAUCGUAGCACUUUGACGAUAAAACUUGAAAAUCACAUGAUAAAAAGAUAAAUUGAAUAUCUAAGGGUUCAGCUAUAUUGACGUCUAAGGUUGUUUUUUUUUUCGAUUUUGAACGAAAUGUUUCGUAUAUUGAAUACUUUUGGAAGACUUUAAGCAGUACCUAUUCAUUAUUUGCUGGGUAAAACCACAUGCGAUGAUUCAUUUAGAACACUCAUGGCUUGAACGAAAGUGUAUUAGUUAAACUGUAAAUUGACAUAAGAUAACAGGUACUACUUAAAGAUGUAAAUGUCCUGUAAAUAUAUUUUUCGGGUUAUGUGCAAUAAGGUAGUGUUCUUUACAAUGAAUGUAAGGCCUAGUUUCGGAAUGUAUUGACGUUGAACGUAUUAAUGAUAAACGCAUUAAUAAUUAAUUUUGUUGUAUGUGAUUAUUGCUUUUAUCUUUAGUUUUUCAUCAGCUUUCUUGGAGUGUUCCUAACGCAAACCAGACGUUUAUACCUCUAUUUUUCGAUUCAAAUUUAAGUAAAACGUUUAGUACACAAUUUAUGAUUGUCUUUCACAAUAAAUGGUAGUUACAAA